CGAAUCCAAUCAAUGAUAUUACAAAGGAAAGAAUAAAAAGACCAGUACCAUCCAUUACGCCUUCAGUCAGAAUUUAUGCAAAUGACAGAUUAUUUAUUAAAAGAAAAUGAGAGAAUUAUAAGAGACAGUCAGAUAUUGGACUUACCCUCAAACACGAUAUUUCAAUAAAUGGUCAUUAAUCCAUUAUCACUACUAGAAUAUACUUUACAGUAGACAGGUCGUUACAACGGUGUUUGACAUUACUUUUAAAGUGCAUACAAGACAGCAUAUUUCUGUUUCAACAUUGUUUAUUGAUACACAGCUACACGAAUCUCAGGAUGUAUAGUGCCUAUAUAAUGGUAGUGGGUGUAGUCGUCAUCUGUUGUGUAGCACAGGACAACCAGAAAUCUACAAACAAAAUACAAGGUGACAAAAGUCAUAUCCAUCGAUUGAUCAAACGAGGAAGUUCAAGAUUUCGGGAUACAUAUGGUCGAAUGCCAUGGAAAAGAACAAAGAUAGACAAUCAUAUCAACAAUAUUCCAGACUAUCAGCCUGAAGCUGCUGAGAAAGACGUUGGUAGUGGUAUCAUGGACGAAUUUAUGCUUUUUCUAGCAUUAAAAGAUAGUGGAAUGCUAGAUUUAUGUAUGAAUACAGCUUCCAGUAUUUUUUGAAGUGAUAUACAGACGCUGUUAUAUUUAGGAUUAUACUGUAGAUAUAUAUAUCUUAUACUGCAUAUUGUAUUACUGUAUUCAAUAAAGUUUCACAUUGUUCA